CUAAUAGCCCGUGAACAGAGAGCGAUGCUCAACGGCAGUCUGUGGAGCCAGGGCAGGGAGCAGAAGAUCUGGGAGAAGAGCACUUACUUUGGUCUUGAAUGUCUGCCGAGCUGACAAGAUAGUAGACUGUCCCAUUGGCUUAAUACACAGAAGAGGAGGAAAAGAUCUGAAAUACUGUACAGGAAGCUAAAAGAUCCUCAUAAGUGACUGAUCUAUGAAAUGGCAGAGAAUGGAACAGAUUGUGACCAGAGACGCAUAGGAAUGAUCAAAGAACAGCACAAUGGGAACUUUACAGACCCCUCUUUGCCAUGUGAACGGAAGCGAUGGGACCGAGAAGAGAGGCAAAAUAUUGUGCUCUGGAGACAACCACUCAUUACCUUGCAGUAUUUUUUCCUGGAAACCAUAAUAAACUUGAAGGAAUGGACCAUAAAAUUGUGGCAUCGCCGAAGUAUCGUGGUGUCUUUUUUGCUGCUGCUUGCAGUGCUUACAGCUGCGUAUUAUAUAGAAGGAACACAUCAACAGUAUGUGCAGUAUACGGAGAAAAAAUUCUUGUGGUGUGCCUACUGGGUAGGCUUAGGCAUUCUGUCCUCUGUUGGACUCGGAACAGGUCUUCAUACCUUUCUACUCUAUUUGGGUCCACACAUAGCAUCAGUUACACUUGCUGCGUAUGAAUGUAACUCAGUUAAUUUUCCUGAACCACCGUACCCUGAUCAAAUUAUCUGUCCUGAUGAGGAGGGGAUUGAAGGAUCCAUCUCUUUAUGGACCAUAAUCUCAAAAGUCAGGCUAGAGGCCUGCAUGUGGGGUGCUGGCACAGCUAUUGGAGAGCUGCCUCCUUAUUUCAUGGCCAGAGCAGCCCGACUCUCUGGUGCUGAACCUGAUGAUGAAGAGUAUCAGGAAUUUGAGGAGAUGCUGGAACAUGCAGAGGCUGCACAAGACUUUGCCUCCCGAGCUAAACUGGCCGUCCAGAACCUGGUGCAGAAGGUUGGAUUCUUUGGCAUUUUGGCCUGUGCUUCAAUUCCAAAUCCUCUGUUUGACCUGGCAGGAAUAACAUGUGGCCACUUCCUGGUUCCCUUUUGGACCUUCUUUGGUGCAACCCUAAUUGGGAAAGCAAUAAUUAAAAUGCACAUCCAGAAACUUUUCGUUAUUAUAACAUUCAGCAAACAUAUAGUGGAGCAGAUGGUGUCCCUAAUUGGUGCUGUCCCAAGUAUAGGUCCCUCGCUUCAGAAGCCGUUUCAAGAGUACUUGGAAGCUCAGCGAAUUAAACUUCACCACAAAUCUGACAAUGGAGUGCCACAGGGGGAGAACUGGUUAUCAUGGAUGUUUGAAAAACUUGUGAUCGUCAUGGUUUGCUAUUUCAUCUUGUCUAUAAUAAACUCCAUGGCCCAAAGCUAUGCCAAACGAGUGCAGCAGAAGAUGUACUCUGAGGAAAAGACAAAAUAAGCUGGGUAAAACCCAUUGAAAUGGGCUUUAGCAGACAUGCAAGUGACAGGUCUUACCAUAUGUUAAAAAUCGGCAUUAUUCAAAACAGGGAAACACUUUUUAAAAUCAUCAAUUUUCCAGCUGUAACAAGUUUGUAAUUAUUUUCUUUUGAAAGUAAUUCACUAUUAGAGAAUAACUUUCAUUUACAAACGUAUGUAUGUUAAGGUAAUGUAUAUACUCUCUUUAAUUCAGUCUGAGUUGUACUUUCUGGGGUGGCACGUGUGAUGCUAGACUAAUGUUGAACAUGAAUGCUUUCCAUUCAAGUUAAUUCCAAAAUUGAUGAUUUAAUACUUAGCACAACUCCAGAUUUCCUGAUUAACUUGCAGCCUGGCCUAAAAGUAACAAUUUUCUUUUGAAGGAUGGCUGUCAUGCCUCAUAAUUUCAAGGUCAUUGAAAUGUAUGUAAAUGAUAGUAGACUGGGUAACAUUCUUGCAUGUCCCUCAUGGUAAUAUGAGUCCAUCUGAGUUCUCAGAAAUGCGGUCACAUCGCACAUGCUCUCAGUUGGAAAAGCCGCCCUUGCCAACUUCAUAAUGGUGUAAGCAGAGAUGGCUGAUAUCAAACUGGUGCAGUUCACUUUUUUAUUCUGUAUAUUUAGAAUGAAGUCAAGAUAAAACUUUAUAAAG